AUGACAAAACUGGGUGUCAAGCGAUCGGUCAGACGCAGAUAUGUUGCCGAUAAUCCGGCCGUAUUGAUGUGGCUUCCUAGGCGCGGGGUCCCCCAACUCAUAGGAACCCGAGCGGACGUUAGAUUUUGCAGCUGGCAGCGUGAACCCCUUCUCGUGAAGCAAGAUACCUCUCGAUCCAAGAUCUAUGCAACAUAUACAAAGUUCGCUAUGUGUCACUCUUACCGUCUCGUGUACGCGUACGGGUGUCGCAUCAAAGACCCUUACAAUUUCUACCAGUGUAAUGACCGUCAGGGGACCACUGCCAGGUGUGACCCGAUAAAAGUGUUCGAGCUCGAGAAAGACCAUUACUGCGCCAAGCACUUGGUGGGCAGAGGGGCGGUGAUUAUGGCUAGUUCUCGGAGGCGGCGAUUGUUGUCUGAGGAGGAGGAGAACGAGGAGGAGGAGGAGGAGGAAGAAGGACAGGAAUAA